AUGCGACUUCUGGUUUGUCUAUUCAUCAGUUUAUAUUCUAUACAAUUUAAUCAUGCAAAAAUAUUUUAUAAUUGUCGAUUUGUUCGAACAUUUUAUCAUACACAUUCAAAUAUAUUCAAACUUGAUAAAAAUCAAACAUCAUUAAUUGUUCAACCAUUAUAUGCAUUAUCAAAUCAAUCAUUUUCGUCACUUUCUAUUGGUAUUAUUUAUCGUCUAGCAGAUACAUAUCUAGUACCUGUACCUCUUCUUUUUCAAUGUUCACAAAGUGAACGUAUUUACGCACCAGUUGAUUGUGAAUUUACCAUUAUUGACAUUCGUUCAAAUUUAACAAUUCGAACAAGUGAAUCAACACGUAUAACAACUGUACCAUUUCGUUUUCAAGAAUAUUCUUCAUCAAAAUUUAUUCCAAUACGUGGAGCUUAUUUUAAACAAUCAAUUAUGUCUUUAAAAAAUUGUCGUUUAGAUACGAAAGAAAAUAUUUCUACAUCAGAAAUAUUUCAUAUUCAUAUUGAAUUUGAACAAUUAAUUAAUUCAUCAUGUCAACAUACAUGUAUUCAUUCAAAAUUAUAUGAAUGUUCAUCAUUAUCAAAUACUUGUCAAUGUCGUUCACAUGAUAUUGGUAUAGAAAAAUUUCAAAAUUUUUGUAUUGAUACAGAACUUGGUUCGAAUUGUUCUUUAACACCAGAACGUUGUCGUCGUAUAUGUCGAAUAUCUGAUCAAAUUCAUACAGGUCAAAUUGAUUUCAAUUGUCAAUGUCCAUUAGGUACACAACGUAUACUUUUAAAUAAUAUGCAUCAUUGUGAAUUACCUGUAUUAUUUGAAUGUCUUUAUGAAAAAUCAAUUGAAACUUGUCCGAAUGGUUAUAUAUGUCGACAAAAACAAUGUGUACAAAAAUCGAUUCUUAUUCAUUUAAAUGAAUUAAUUUUAUCAUUACCAUUUAUAUUCAUUGGUUUACUUCUUAGUGCUUUAUUAAUUAUAAUUAUACUUAUUGUUAGUAUAAUAAAAAUGCGUUCAGUAAAAAAUAUUAAAUUUGUUCAUCCAUAUAUGUUAACAAUUCAUUCAAAUAAUUCAUCACCAAUAAUAAAUAAACAUUUAUCAUCAUCGAAAUCAAUGAAUAAAAUUUAUGAACGAUAUAUGAAAAUUGAUUCGUUUGAAUUAUAA